AUGGUUGACAGUUGAUGCUUAAAAAUCAAACCUUCAAACUCCAUAGCAACAAGAAUGUCCACGCUGAUCAAGCAUCAAGUUAUGCGAGGCUUGGGCUCGCCCAACCAUUUUUUUUCAGCUGACCCAAAGGAUAACACGGGAUGACGAUGGCGAGAUACAGCUUCCAAGGUGUCAUGUUGUUCUCCAGAGAACAAAGGAAGUGCACCUCCAUGCUGGCAGCUAGAAGGCUUCAAUGAUUUUCAGAAGGACUUCCAUAGGCUUUGUUGUGAGCCAGUUCAUCCAGAGGUGGAAUUGACUCUGACAACUGCUUUGGCAUUCGAUGGAGCUCCCUUUGGCAGCAAAGGAUAUACUACUUCAAGCUGCGUCAUCCUCGAUAUAGCUUCGUUGGAAACAGGCAUCAGCUUCGAAGGGUCCUUGGUGCUCUGGCGCUGACGGAUCCCCACUUGGACUACCAUAAGGACCUGGCUGUUCUAGCCGCUACACUCCUUGCAGUGACCAACUGUGAGGCAAGUGCCUACGCUGUACGAGCCGUCAUCCACAAAAAGUUCUCCUUCAAGCGGCUGUUGUUCCCCACGCUGGAUCAAAAUUAACGUCUGAUCACCAGGGCAGCCAGGGCCAGGCUGCAAUGAUCAUUUCUAGCUACCAACGGUUCUGUCCGGUGACCUACGAAGCUGUGCGCAGCGCCAGACUGGGAAAAAGACUGCUGGAGAUUGUAGCUCAAUGGUUGCGCAGUUUCUUUUGUGCAGGCUUUGAUCCAAAGUGUCAGAGUUUGCAGUCAUUGAGCAACUUCUGGAUGCGGUACUGCAGGGUGCAUCAGAGUGACCUGUACCGAUUGCUGGUGGCAUCCAACACCAAAACACUGGCAGAAUUGGAAAGCCUUGCAUCCAUCAAGGUGCGAAAGGAGUUUUUCCUGCAGAUGAAUUCCAGAUGUCGCUAUGGUCCACAGAUGAUAUGGUGGCAUUUCCUGUGAGUUUAAAACGGCAGGGUGGUGUUGCAUGUUGGAAAUGGACACCUUGAUUGCUGGGAGUUCCCUUGUCAUCCCCGCUGCUUGCGCAUCGGGCUGAUGGCUGGCUACAUGGACGGCUUCAAGUCUCUCAUCAACUCCAAAAGACAUGACCUGCGACUCUAUCUAGUGGGAUGUCGACGAGGAACCCCCAAGUGAUGAGAAGGUGGUGUCAGAUCUCAAUCCAUCUGCUGUGCUUGACGAUGAUGAACCUGAAUCGGAAUCGGACUUUUGCUUCGCAGGUGAUGAUUCCCCGAUCAGCAACGAGCCAGACAACGGGCCGAAGUG